AUGCCUUCAAUAAUAGCAGCAUUGCGGCUGAGGGCGCUUAUAAAAGAGAUAUUUGCUGAUUCAGAAUUGCUUAAGACUGCUUCCCAGAGCCAGGUGAUGGCUGUGGUGGACGAGAUAGCCGAGAGGAACCCAUACUAUACCAGGACCUUCUUGAGUGAGUAUGUGGACUGGUUGGAGAGGGAGACAGAGGGUGAAGAUGAGGAGGGUGGUGGUGAAGAUACCGAUGGUGCUGUUAGUGGCGAUGUUGAUGGCGCUGUGGAUUUGGUUGCUGAAGGGUUGGAGGGGCCAGGGAAGCUGAUUGAGGAAGAAAAGAAGAGAGAGGAACUGGAGGAGAAGAAAGAGGAGAGCAAGGAGAGACUGCCAGGGGGUGAAGACGAAGAAGAGGAGGAUUUGUCGACAGAAGAGUACGGAACCGUGGCGGGAAUCGACCCAGAGGAGGAUCCAGUGGUGGCUGCAAAAUCCAGUGGAAAUCAACCUGAAACGGGUGGUCACGGCCUGGAAUCGAGGGAUAGGGCUUCUUCAAACCUCCAAUCGGCCCUUCCGACGCUGGAUACUGACCCCUAUGAGCUCCUUUGUUCCCUACUAUCGUCCAGACCGCUUCCACCGACUGCACCAGACCUUCUACAGUACCCUAUUGACGAAUCGUCCAAUUGGGUCUCUAUUCGAGAGACUCCUCGGGUCAUAUCAGGCCAGGGCACUACAGGUGCUCGUACAUGGAACGCUGCGCUUCUUCUAGCGUUUGUGCUUAACACAGAUGGUCGUUUUAAGGGAGAGUUUGACGGUAGUACUGUUCUUGAGUUAGGAGCUGGUACGGGUCUUGUGGGUGCUGCCUUGGCUAAAAAAUGGCAACAGCAUAACCUUAAAAAGAUCAUUAUUACUGACGGUGACGAAGGAGUUGUGGAGAAGCUUCCUCUUACAUUGGAAACAAACGAUAUCGAAAAGCAUAAUAUCGAAUGCGCUCAGUUCCUAUGGGGCAAGACAGUCCCUCCAGAAAACGUCGAUAUAGUACUAGGAGCAGAUAUCAUCUAUGAUCCUAGCGUUUUGGAUGUUUUGCUUGACACUUUAGGUGAUUUCUUUGCCCAAGGAGCCAGGUACGCUGUUAUCGCCAGGAGCGAUAGGAAUCCUGAAACGACGAAAGAUUGGGAGAGAAAGAGUGAUGAAAGGUUUGACAGGGAAGUUAUCAGAGUGGAAGAUCCCACAGUGUCGACUUUACCAUGCUGGUUCCACAGCGGUGCAAACGAUAUCACCGUUGAGAUAGUAAGGAAGAAGAGAGUUUGA